CAUACUUUUUGUUUUAUUGAUGCACAAUUGAUAAGCGCUCAUAAAAGUAAAAAAAAUACAUACAUAUAUAUACGCUAUAUCAGUUACAAACAUACAAAUCAAUUCUGCAAUGUACAGACGAUCGGGGCGUGCUUUUAAUUGAAUAAAAGCCGCCGAUACACGGCGUCUACGGCCACGGAAUAAAAGGUUAACCAUGCCUGCGCCCCAGGUAAUCGCAGCCGCGGCCGCUGCCAUAACCACAGCAAGUGUGCCCAGCAGCGAUGCCAGCGCCAACGCAGCAACCGCAGCGACCAAUGCAACAGUUUCAACAGCGGCCAACAGCAGCGGCAGCGGCAGCAGCAGCGGCGCUGUCAAUAGCGGACGCCAUCAGCUGCGACCAGUUAAAUACGAUUAUGCGGAUUCAUUUGCCUGCACCUAUAUCGUUUCGGUUGUGGCCGCCUCCAUAGCCGAGCUGGUCACAUAUCCGCUGGAUCUCACAAAGACCCGUUUGCAAAUCCAGGGCGAGGCGGCCAGUGUGGCCACCGUUGCAACCAGCAGCAGCGCCAAGGCAAAUAUGCAAUAUCGCGGCAUGGUCGCCACCGCCUUUGGCAUUGUACGCGAGGAGGGCGCCGUCAAAUUGUGGCAGGGCGUGACGCCGGCGCUCUACAGACACGUCGUCUAUAGCGGCGUGCGCAUCUGUAGCUAUGAUCUGAUGCGCAAGGAGUUCACCAAGAACGGCAGCCAGGCGCUGCCCGUGUGGAAGUCGGCGCUGUGCGGUGUCACCGCCGGUGCCGUUGCUCAAUGGCUGGCCUCGCCCGCGGAUCUGGUCAAGGUUCAAAUACAAAUGGAGGGACGGCGGCGUCUGAUGGGCGAGGCGCCGCGUGUGCACAGUGCGGCGCAUGCAUUCCGCAUGAUUGUGCAACGCGGCGGCGUCAAGGGCCUCUGGAAGGGCAGCAUACCGAAUGUGCAGCGUGCGGCACUGGUCAAUUUGGGUGAUCUGACCACAUAUGACACCAUCAAGCAUCUGAUUAUGCGUCGCCUGCAAAUGCCCGAUUGCCACACGGUGCAUGUCCUGGCAUCCAUAUGCGCCGGAUUCGUGGCGGCCAUCAUGGGCACACCGGCAGAUGUGGUCAAGACGCGCAUCAUGAAUCAGCCCACCGACGAGCUGGGCCGUGGUUUACUCUAUCGCGGCUCUUUGGAUUGCUUGCGCCAGACUGUGGCCAAGGAGGGUUUCGUCGCGCUCUACAAGGGCUUUCUGCCCUGCUGGAUACGCAUGGCUCCUUGGUCGCUCACCUUUUGGCUAUCCUUUGAACAAAUACGCAAAAUGAUUGGCGCCUCCAGUUACUGAGUGUUUAGCUGUUAAGUCACACCCUAAGUGUUUGGGAAUGAAUGAGAAUCAAAAUGAAAAUGCAAUCGAUAUUUAAAAAUCAACAAAACUAUGUUAAUUCUACAUUAUUUGUGUUUGUUGCUUUGUGCGGCAAAGUGAACAAGUGCUAUUAUAAUGGUACAAAUACUCUCAA